UACCAAGGAUUAUGCUGCUGUGUACAGUACCAAGGAUUAUGCUGCUGUGUACAGUAUCCAGGAUUAUCCUGCCGUGUACAGUACCAAUGAUUAUCCUGCUGUGUACAGUACCAAGGAUUAUCCUGCUGUGAACAGUACCAAGGAUUAUCCUGCUGUGUACAGUACCAAGGAUUAUCCUGCUGUGAACAGUGCCAAGGAUUAUCCUGCUGUGUACAGUACCAAGGAUUAUGCUGCUGUGUACAGUACCAAGGAUUAUCCUGCUGUGUACAGUACCAAGGAUUAUCCUGCUGUGUACAGUACCAAUGAUUAUCCUGCUGUGUACAGUACCAAGGAUUAUCCUGCUGUGUACAGUACCAAGGAUUAUCCUGCUGUGUACAGUACCAAGGAUUAUCCUGCUGUGGACACUACCAAGAAUUAUCCUGCUGUGUACAGUACCAAGGAUUAUCCUGCUGUGCCCCUGAACACAAAGUCCUCUGUAUUGAUAAUCACAUCACUUAGGCGAGAAUAG